UUCAAGGUUAAUUACCAUACAGUUUUUGUAUCAUCAGCUACAAUGGGAAGGUCACCAUGCUGCGCAGAGGAUGCCAAUGUGAAAAAGGGGCCGUGGACUCCCGAGGAGGAUCAGAAGCUUGUCGACUGCAUCAACAAACAUGGACAUGGAAGCUGGAGAGCUCUUCCUAAGCUUGCAGGCUUAAACAGAUGUGGCAAAAGUUGCAGAUUAAGGUGGACUAAUUAUCUGAGGCCCGACAUCAAGAGAGGAAAGUUCAGUGAAGAAGAAGAGAGAGUUAUUAUUAACCUUCAUGCUGUUCUUGGAAACAAGUGGUCUAGGAUUGCUACUCAUCUUCCUGGAAGAACAGAUAAUGAGAUUAAAAACUACUGGAAUACUCAGAUUAGGAAGAAGCUCCUGAACAUGGGGAUUGAUCCUCACACCCACAAGCCAAGAACUGAUCUUAAUCACCUCUUGAAUCUUUCCCAGUUUCUUUGUGCCUCACAGUUAGGGAACCUGAUGAACAAUCCUUGGGACACUACUUUUAAACUCCAGGUUGAUGCAGCUCAACUAGCCAAAACACAACUAUUGCAAAACCUACUGAAAAUUAUCAACACAAAUAUUGGAUCCCAAAACCCUUUUCCUUUUGAAGGAUUACUCAAUGGAACAAGCGCCAUUUCUGAUCAUCAGAACAUUACAACGAACGCCGGUGCCACCUCUCAAACAUCAACCGACUUUCAGGCUAUACAAAACCCAUGGGAAUAUUUUACUGGUGGCUUAAAUAAUGAAACCAAACUUGGGAUCAAUAAUCAAAGCUUGAGCCAUGCCUGUGAGCAAACAGAAAAUCCACUUCCUGAGUUGGUUUCGGAAUCUCUUGAUCAGAAGGCCGAUGCAGCAACAGAUUCCACUAUCUAUGAGGCUUGGGAGAAGCUAAUCAUGGAAGACGAUGACGAUGGCUCCUGCUGGAAAGAAUUUCUUGAUUUAACUUCAUCAUCAUCGUCACCCAUCCCAUGAUACAGCAGCUUUGGGCAUCAUAUAUAUAUUUAUUAUCAAACUUGGUGCAGACACACAUUAUUUGAUUCAUUUAGGAAGCUUAAUAAUUUAGCUACCUAUGUGUAAAAUUGUAAACACUACAAGCG